AUGUCUUCUUGUAGCAGAACGAUCCCUGGACUGGAUGCUUCUAGGGAAGAGAAUUUUGAUGGAUUCGGCGAUACCGGAGAUAUCGAUGCAACGGAAUCACUACUGGACAUUGGGAUGGAAACAGAGGAAGAAGAGUUGGGGGAAGAAUCACCCAAUGAAGAGGACGGUGAACAGAACGGCAGUGCUGAACAUGUAGUGUUUGGUCGUGCACAGAUAUUGGAGAUGGAGUUCGCAAACCCGGAUGAGGCGUGUCGUUUUUAUGAGCAAUAUAGUCGAGCAAAGGGUUUUGCGAUGCGUCAAGGAAAGAAACUAAAGAAUAGGAAGGGUGAAAUCGUGCGAUACACGUAUUUGUGCAACAGAGAAGGAUUCAGAGAUAGAAAAUGGCUUGAGAUGCAGGAUCGAAAGAGGGAGCACAAGGUUGUUACUCGAUGUGGAUGUCAGGCAGAGAUGAGGAUAAAGCAAAAAGCCGAGAGCAACAAUUGGUAUGUGUCUCGUUUUGUUGAUGAGCAUAACCACGACCUUCUCCCGGCAAAGUUUGUGUCAUACCUGCCAGCAUAUAGGAAAUUAUCCGAUGUUGAUAGAGCCCACAUGGAGAGUUUGAGGCAGGUUGGAAUUUCAAUUCCCAAAAUUUACGAGUCUAUUGCCGCCCAGGCUGGGGGUUUUAACCUAGUUCCGUUCACAAAGAGAGAUAUGUAUAAUGUCGUUAGGCGGCAACGAGCAAUGCAAAGCGGCGAUGUGAAUGCCGUGUUACAGUAUUUCAAUGUUUGUGCAAGGAGAGAUGAUAAUAUGUAUUGGCGGUACCAGGUUGGGGCUGAGCAAAAUAUGUGUGAUCUGUUUUGGAGCAACGGGCGUAGUCAGGAUGAUUAUAAGUUAUUUGGUGAUGUUUUGGCAUUUGAUGCGACUUACGGGCGAAACAAGUACAAUUUGCCAAUGAUAGUGUUCUCCGGGGUGAACCACCAUAACCAGACAUGUGUCUUUGGCGCAGCCAUGGUGUCUUCCGAAACACAAGCAUCGUAUGUGUGGGUGUUGAGCAAGUUUUUAGAGUGCAUGGGGGGAAAGCACCGAAGGCAGUCAUCACUGAUGGGGACAAGUCAAUGCGGUUUGCCAUUCAGGAAGUGUUUCCAGAAGCUCAUCACAGGCUCUGUGCAUGGCACCUACUAA